GUGAGCGUGUGUUGAAUUGAGGUCUACGGAUUCUGGACUGGAGAGUUUAAAAGCAGCCAAAUCCCAACAAUGCAGUUCAUCCUGGGAGCAGACAGGCGUGGCAGCAGGAGACAACACCAACAAUGCGUGACCAGGGCACGGACAUUCUCUGGACGGGUGACAGUAAAAGGCCCCGGUGUCUCUCCACCGUACCAACACUAGCCGAUCCACGUCUUGACCCCCAAUCCAGGAAUAAAACUUGAACUUUGAACCGAAGCCUAUCUUUCAUGAUUGAAUCUGGUCUGAACAGGUGUGGCUCGUCGCUUUCCGUCCGUCCGUCCGUCCGUCAGUCAGUCCCGGCCUCCGCCAUGGACAGCCUGGAGGAGGACCUGACCUGCUCGGUGUGCUACUCCCUGUUCGCCGACCCGCGAGUGCUGCCCUGUUCUCACAGCUUCUGUAAGGCCUGCCUGGACAGCCUGCUGCAGGCGUCGAGCAACUACUCCAUCUGGCGUCCGCUGCGCCUGCCGCUCAAGUGCCCCAACUGCCGCAGCGUGGUGGAGCUGCCCCCGGCAGGCGUGGACGCUCUGCCCACCAACGUGUCUCUGCGGGCCAUCGUGGAGAAAUACCAGAGCGACAGCGAGCCGCGGCCGCCGUCCUGCGAGGAGCACCACAGGCAGCCCCUCAACAUGUAUUGCAUCCAGGACCGGCAGCUGAUCUGCGGCCUGUGUCUGACCGUCGGGCGGCACCAGGGCCACCCCAUCGACGACCCGCACGCCGCCUUCGUCAGAGAGAAACAGACGCCGUCCCGGCUGCUGGCCACGCUCUCCGAGAGAUGGGCGCAGGUGUGUGAGCUGGCCGAGCAGCUGGAGCAGGACAAAGCCCGCUGCGAGGCUCUGCUGAGGCAGGACCGGCAGGACGUGCUCCAGUUCUUUCAGACCGUGGAGGCGCUGCUGGCCAGGAAGAGGCAGGCCUACCUGGGCGCUCUGGAGAAAGCCGGCGCCGAGGUGCUGCAGGCCUACGACCCCCUCAUCCACCACGUCAAGGAGCUGCAGGAGCAGCAGCUGGACCUGGUGUCUCUGGGAUCGUCCGUGGAGGAGGAGGAUUCUCCGCUGGUCUUCCUGGAGCAGGUGCACUCCUUCAGAGAGCGAGUGGAGCAGUUCAUUAAGCAGCCUCUGCCCUCGGCGGUCAACCUCUCGGUGGCGCCGCGCGCCGCCGACCACCUCCUGCAGUACUGGCCCGCCGUGACCAUCGGGAGCCUGGAGGAGGCCCCGGUGCCCAAAGUGUGCUGCUGCGCCAGAUGUGGCAGCGUGGAGCUGGAGGCGGACGCCGGGAGGCGGCGGGACGACCGAGACGUGCGGCACCUGCGGCCCAGCACCCCCGUGGCGGCAGCGGUGCUGCUGCUGCUGCUGCUGCUGCUGGCGGCGGCGGCGCUGUGGAACAACCCGGUGGGAGGGGCGUAUCAGCUCAGUCAGGUGAUCUGCAGCCUGAGCGGCGGCCUCACGGCGGCCGUCCGGGACACGGCAGGGUGGGCGUACACAGCCGCUCAGGGGUGGAGCUCCCUGCUCUGGUCAGCGGGGGGCAGAGCCUCCCAGCAGCUGGCCGCUUUAUUCAGGCUCUGAAGUCUGGUCAACACGAGCCGGACUGCAAAUAAAAGCCCCGAACGUUUCAUUCAGUAGAUCAGAAAUUUGCACUUUACACUUUUCUGCAGCAAAAAGUUAGUAAAACAUGGACAAGAAGCAGAAGCUGUUAGGUCAAAAUCACAAAAAUAUCCAAAAGCUUCUAUAAUCAUAGUUGUUGGCAAAGAAGUUUAUUUUCAAUUUUGAAGUGAUUAUAACACUAUACAGAAGCAUCUGAAGACAUAAUGUAAAAGUUCAAAAUUCAUCUUCCCUCAUAAUUUAACUGAAAUUGUGAAACUUCCAUUGUCUUUAUGUUCAAAUUAGUUUUUCUGCUUCUCUGUAAAAAUAUCCUGUUUUGUUGCUGUUGUACUGCUCUACUAAUUAGUAUUUAUUAGUUUUAACACUCAGCGUGGGCCUUGUUUCAUGUGGUUGGAUGUAAUGGGAGCUUUUCUUGUGUCAGAGCUCAGGAGCUGGAAGUUUGAAGAUCUGAAGCCUCCGCAGGUCUUUUCAGCGACAUCAUCAUCUCCCUCAGUGCCUUCAGCCUUGACUUUAUUCACCUUUUUGAUCCUCCAGUGGAGACCGUUACUGCUGUGUCCCUAAAACCGUUUCCAAGGACAUUCAACAAAACCCGCACCGAUAUGUGGACCUGUUGUAGUGGUUGUGUGUGUCUUUACUUUUUUUUACAAGUUUUUUAAGAAUGUAAUAAAAGUUUUUUUUAAC